ACACAGUACGACGUUGGUUUUGAUUGGGACCCUGGUUCUUGGUUGGUGGAUCGUUCUACUGCCCAGGGCGAUAAUCGUUAGCAAAGCAAAUCUCCGUUGCGCUGUCUCCAGGUGCUCGUCGAGAUAACGACACAGAAAGGGGGGGGAAACAAAGCUCAGGGCACCAUAGAGGAUCCACAUCUUGCUUCUCCUCUGGGACAUGACGAACCGUUUUCCGAGGAAUCCCGCCUCGGCUCCGUCCACCCUCGGCGCGACGCCCACACCUCGCCCAAGCCCUCCAUCUCCGCCGGCUUCCACCGCCGGAGAUUCAGACCAAUUGUUGCAACCUGAAAGAGGGCCUCUUUUCGCCGAUCACCUCCUUCUGUAUGCCAUCGUCAAUGUCCUCGCCCCGGCCUGAAGCUCAGAUUGCCCAGAUCGGCUGCCAGAGUUGCCGGGAUCAGCAUUUGAAGUGCGACCGGGUAACGCCCAUCUGUGGACGCUGUGUGGCCAACAACAAGGAGUGCAUCCGAGGAUACAAGUUUCGUAUCAAGAAUGGACCCUUCCCCAAGAAGCAGAGAUGGGCCCGCGUAUCCAGGCGGCUGAGAUUUGUCGACGAGACCAGAACCGCUUCUGGUGACAAUGAAGAACACCCCGCAGGUACCUUCCAAGAUGACUGGCCAGAUUCGUACUCGGAGGGUUCCGAUACCCUUCAUACGGCUGACACCACCACCAUCACGACGGAGGCAGGCCCUGCCGCCCUUCAUGUUCAGCCAUACCCAACCCCGCCAGAGCUGGCUGCUGGCGGCCUGAGACCACACUCGCCCACCGACCGCUUCAUACCGCAUGACGACCAUGUGAUCUCGCCAGCCAGGAAUCUUCCGCCUUUUCGGAACCUGAUGGUGUCUGAUCUUGCCGUCCCGGCUGUUUUGCCCGUGGUGCCUCCUCUCGAGGUAGAGACAGAAGACCCGGCAGUGCAGGCGAUGAGGUCCAGGAUCUAUCGUGAUCAGGAUGCCUGGCCGCUGGAAAGCCGCGAAGAGGCUAUGCUCUUCCAACAUUAUAUCCAGAAAUUAUCCAUAUGG